UGCCCCAUCCAGAGGAUCAGGCGCCUCCGCCGCUUCUCAAUGAAGUCGUCCUCGAAGCGGCCGGUGGCCUGUUUCUCAGGCAGGUGAGGCACCGAGAUGACGGAGAACUUGUGCAGGAGCCGGUUGUGCAGCCAGUCGAAAUGCUUGUAGCGCCGGUACACCGGGUAGUUGGUCAGGCUGGGGGUCAGUUUGUACGAGAUGUAACUCUUGAUGCCCCUGAACUUGGUCUGUUUGGUGGGCUCCUCGAUGGUGCAGGCGAACGGCCGCGGGUUCUCGCUCCACUGCGGUCCGUCCGCACUCAUCUCCACGCAGUAGGUCUCGGCUGGCCUCCGGACGGACGGCACCUCGCCCAGGAUGAACGCCUCCCCGCCCGAGCGCACGAAACUGGAGAAGCGGUUGAAGUUCUUGCCCACGGCGCCGCGCCGGCUCGCCACGCUGUCCUGGCGCUCGACACCCGGCUUCUGCCGCAGGCUCACCGUGCCGGCGUAGGGCAUCGCCGGGUGCCCGUGCCCGUUCGGGGCUGCGCUCACCCCGGGCUCGUCCGCCACCGUCGACGCGUCGUCCCAAUCGUCCCAGUCGUCAUCGUCGUCCUCCUCGUAGCCAGGGCCAGGGGGGCAGGUCCCGGCACCGGGCACCGCCACAAUCUCCACGUAAGAAGCGGGGAAGAGCCCCCGCUGCCCGCGGCUGUUGCUGCCCUCCAGCCAGCCGUCCAGGGAGUCCGUGCUGAACACCAGCAGCUCCUCGUUCUCCUGGAUACUGAUCUCCUCGGGGUUCUCGCCCUGGAAGUUGUACAGAGCCUUAGCUCUGACGCACGCCAUUGCCCAGGGCGCCGGGAGGUCUCGGGGCUCUCGUCCAGUCCGCCCCUACAGCAUGUCCCUCACUACCCACCUCCGACCUGUUCCUGGUGUCCUGUGCCCGGCUGUGACUCAGCUCCCGGUCUCCUAUCCCUGCGACUUUUCCGCUCCCGGAGGAGAUCUUCCUGCUCCCGGUGUUAUGCCACCGACCCUAUCCCGGUGCACAAAAUGGCGGCGGAGCAGCGGCCGCCGGAGCUGGAACCGGAGCCGGCGGGCGAGGCAGAAAGCGGUGGGCUAGAAGGCGAGGAUUUCUUCAUCGGCAGCAUUAGUCCUUUGCCCAUGGAUUCCACAAAGACUCUCAGCAGCAACUCCAAGACAAAUGGCAUACAAUCUGAUGAUGAAGAGCAAGAUAUUUUUGCAGAAGCCACAGUGGAGUUGUCUCUGGACAGUCCUCCAAAUGACAAGAGUCAGACCAAACCAUUCACUGCAGAGUCAUCGGUAAAGUUUCCACCCAGCACAUCAAAGAGCAAAGUCAGUCAAGAGCAGCUAGUUGAAGAAGAAGGGGAGGAAGAUGAGGAUGAGUUUGAUGUGACUGUUACAGUUACUGAGCCGGAGAAAGUGGGUGAUGGCAUGGCCGCCUACAUGGCUUACAAAGUGUCCACGCUGACCAGUUUAACAAUGUUCAAGAGGAAAGAUUUCAGUGUUAAGCGAAGAUUUAGUGACUUUCUAGGAUUAUACGAUCGACUGUCAGAAAAACACUCUCAAAAUGGCUUCAUUGUGCCUCCACCUCCUGAAAAAAGCUUAAUAGGUAUGACCAAAGUAAAAGUUGGGAAAGAAGAUUCCUCCUCAGCUGAGUUCCUAGAGCGGAGGAGAGCAGCAUUAGAACGGUAUUUACAGCGGAUCAUUAAACAUCCCACACUAUUACAGGAUCCUGAUGUGAGGGAAUUCUUGGAAAAAGAUGAGUUACCGCGUGCAGUAAACACUCAGGCUCUGAGUGGUGCUGGUCUCCUUCGGAUGGUCAACAAAGCUGCUGAUGCUGUCAGUAAGAUGACUAUAAAGAUGAACGAGUCUGACAUCUGGUUUGAAGAGAAGUUUCAGGAGAUUGAGAAUGAAGACCAGCAGUUACGCAAACUCCAUGCCAUCGUUGAAACCCUUGUCAAUCACAGGAAAGAGCUGGCGGUGAACACAGGCACCUUCGCAAAGAGCGCUGCCAUGUUGGGGAGCUCGGAGGACCACACAGCAUUAUCACGGGCUCUGUCGCAGCUGGCAGAAGUUCAGGAGAAGAUUGAGCAACUUCAACAGGAGCAAGCCAAUAAUGACUUCUUCCUGCUGGCUGAGCUGUUCAGUGACUACAUCCGGCUGAUCUCCGCAGUAAAGGGAGUGUUUGACCAGCGGAUGAAGACAUGGCAACGCUGGCAGGAUGCACAGACUACGCUGCAGAAAAAACGAGAGAAUGAAGCACGACUCAUCUGGGCCAACAAACCUGAGAAACUGCAGCAAGCCAAGGAUGAGAUAACAGAGUGGGAACCCAAAGUCCUGCAAUGUGAAAGAGAUUUUGAGCGGAUCUCGGUCACUAUUCGAAAAGAAGUUGCUCGGUUUGAGAUUGAGAGAAUCAAAGACUUUAAAAGUCGAAUUAUUACGUAUUUAGAAACUCUUCAGAAUUCUCAGCAACAGCUUAUUAAAUACUGGGAAGCCUUUCUACCAGAAGCGAAAGCAAUCGCAUAAUGGGAGCUGAGCUGAAUGGACACUUGCUGCAUUUUAUACUUUACCUCCAGCCUAUAAAUGAAACUGCAAUCUCGUCUGUGAAAGGGACAGUCUCUUCAAUGUCGCAGCUCUUCCUUGCUCUUCAUACAAACCUCGUGCUAUCUGUAGUUUACAUAUUUCCUUUAGUGUUGGGAGCAUCAAGUUGGUGCCCAUAAAAUGUGAGUUUGAGAGGGAGACAGGAAGAUGGGUGAAUGGGGCAGUGUCAGUAUUCACCACACUUGGCUCUCCUGAUGACAAACUCCCACAUGCUCUCUGCCCUGACACAGCUAGAACUUGGAGUUGCUCUUGAAAUGAAAUACAGGGCUGUGAGAGAGCCGAGAGAUGUUGUAGGGCACAUGACUGAUUGUCAUGUGGUCAGGGCAGGGUCUUCCUCCCAGCUCUCUCACAUAACAUCGUGCUGUAGCUUUCAAAGUUGGUCUCAGUCCAAGGCCAGCUAAGCUCACAAGUAGGGGGAACUGUUUAACAAAUGCUUCUCAUUCCUGAAGCUACGCAUUGGACUGGUGCACUUCUUGUGCAGCAAUGUGAAUGUGAGGAGUCCUGUGAUGUGGAUAUAGAGUUGUACAAGAGCUUUCCACUUGGACUGAGCAUGUGCUUUGAUAGUCCAACCCCUUCAUGAGAACACAGCUGGUUUGUGUUGGCAAGGCUUCCAGCAUUCCCUUGCAAACAGAUCGAGUUUAUGAAUGCCAAAACACAUAGGUUGCCAUAACUGCAGUGGGUAGUUUAAAAUGGGUCUCACCACCUUCUCGAGAGCCAGUUUAACCUCCUGUUAGCAUUCUGCCCGCAGUGAGUGAGAUUAUUUUGCUUUGCACCUUGUUUGUGGAAACUCUACAACACUUGUGUUUGCCAUGGAAAAUUUGAUGUUGAAGAUUGAGCUUGCUUUCUUUGCAAGUUACCAGAGUUGAUAUUUUUACUGUGAGAUGGAGUAAUAUUACAAUAACCUCUGGGGGAGCUCACACUGAUCCUGUUGAAGCGUCACACCCAAGCCCUUGUCUUCUCCUGCCUACCCCACUGCCAUGUUGUCGUUAAGUUUCUGGGUAAUGUCUGUGUGUGUGUGCCUGUCUGGCAGUGCACCCUGCCUUGACUAACAAGACAAGUGACCUUGUGUUCUUGAACUGACAGCAAGGACAGAUAAAGAGGCAGCAAGAACUGUUUUCUACACUGUUUACAUUUCUGUUCUCAUGGUCUUAUUCACCCUCACAGGGUACCUAGUCUCGUAUUCAGUUUAUAGGUACUGGUUACUCAAGUGCACAGACAUAAUCUUUGCACAUUAUGCACUAGAAUCUUCUUGACUUUUGAUUAAUGUAAUUCCAGAGGAUCUGAGAUCUUCCCUUAUCACCAAGUUCUCAAUUCUCAGUUCCUUGUCUGUUUUUGUGACUCUUACUUUCACAAUAAAUUGAUAAAAAAAAA